UACAAAUCCCAGCAUGCACUGCGCUACAUAGCUUCUUAGAACGCAGCUGCUCCCUGACGACCGUAUGGUCCCUCGGGUCGCCCGUUUCAAUCAAGUUUAAAAGAUGUGGUUGCACGUCGCUGAUCUUUACCUGAGAGUUGAAGACAAAGUAUUUGGGCGUGCAGACGUCGUUGUAGUCCUUGGCGGUGGCGUUGUUGGGGGACAAAGUGGCGUUGAGGAGUUUACUGAACGUCUCAUUCCCAGCGUGGACGUCUUCAGGAAGAGGACACGGGAUCUGGAACUUCUUGAUGAUCACCUGUGGGACCAAAGCAUUGCUUUGUGACCACGCUGGAAAGAAAUUCAGCAGCUUCACAUGCCACACGCUCGUCAGCACCAAGGGAGAAAAAAACAGCCCGAAACCGCAAGAAGGCGUCGCUCGCAGAAAAAUGCCAAAGACAGAAGUUGCGGUGAGAAGAAGCGGCGGUCGAGCUUUGAGCGGCGGUCGAGCUUUGAGCGUGAUGUGAGGCAAGGUCGCACAGCAGCCGGGACAAGUAGUUGGAGUUGGAAGCUGGAGAGAGAGCGAGAGCGAGACGCCUGAAAGAGACUGCUGAAAAGCAAUCCCAGACUGUUGUAAUAAAAAAGAUUGUAUUCAAACUGUCUACCGGGCUCACGGAGGAUCUUUCGGGCUCAGGAGAACCCUCACGGCAAAGAGACCUUUUACAGUGGCGCCGAACGUACCUGAGUGCCGAAAAUGGAAGCCGACCCCCUGGCAGCAGUAGCACGGGCCCUCGCAGAGGUGACAGCGGCCAGUCAACAGCAGAUACAGGCGCUCCAACUUCAGCUGGCCCAGCAGACCCAAGUCGUGCAGGCGAUGGCGGACCGGGUUGUAGCGACACCGCCAACAGCGGCGGCUGUCUCCGUCCCACGCAUGGGGGACACCGAAGACCCCCAGGCGUUUAUUGACUUUUUUGUGGCCGCAGCGGAGGCAUGCGUGUGGCCGGAAGAGGAGUGGGGGGUGCGUCUACUGCCGCUGCUGGCGGGGGAGACGCAGUGGGCGGUGCUUAGCCUACCGGCGACCUCCCGCGUGCACUUUCCGGACCUCAGGAGGGCGGUGCUGGACCGGACCGGUUGCACUGCCGAGGACCACCGACGCCGGCGACACGUUGGCUGCAGCCAAGAGAGGGCGACGACCAGGUGAUGGAGCGGCUGGUCACGGAGCAGUUCCUGGAGGCGAUCCCAGCGCGGACGGCGGCCUGGGUCCGUUACCACUGGCCCCAAGACCUGGCCGCAGCAGUGACGCUCGCCGAGGACCACCUGGCGGUGCACCGCAAGGCGCGAAGGAAGACGACCGUGGAGGCAGCCGAGCGCCCAGCACCAGCACCGCGCAGACCGAGCGUGCAGCGCAACUCACUCUUUUUAUUGUGUUUCCUAUGAAUACAGUGCUUCCCGCGCAGACAACCCCUCAAACGCCUGGGCAGGUGUGCUGGAAACGUGGGCAGGCCGGUCACGUGCGUCAGGGACGUGAGGCAGGUGAUCCGGGUUGCCGGCUUUCCGGCGCCCUCCCCUGGCCCGGGUGAGACUAACGAUCCCGGCUGCUGCGAAUACAGUGCUUCCCGCUGGGAAGAACACAUGCAGCGGGUGGGCGCAGCCGGGCGGCUUCCCGGCCUGAGUCUGGCAGUGGAGGUAUGUGGAGGGGGGCGUGGCCUGCAGGCCUGCCGCGGAACGGGGUGUGCAAGGACCGGCCUCGAAGACAGCGACAGGAAGUCUGGCAGCAGGCUUUUGUCAUGACAGCUUCCUGUUUGACCGCAGAUGGCGGGAAGAAGUGGCGCCGUGAAGCUCAGUGUCACCAACAGCCUGCAGCGCCACCACCCCGACGUGGUUCAAUUCAAGGGUUGCAGCUUGCUGCGCGGUUGUUCUCCCGGGAUGCAAAACGGACAACUCCGGACGACAGCGUGAAGGAGCUGUUUACAAAUCCUUGCAACAUGGGGCCCUGCAUUGUCUUGCUGCAACAUGAGGUGAUGGUCUCGGGUGAUUGGCACAACCUCAGGAUCUCAUCACGUGUCGCCAUGUUUCCCCCGUUUGAAGCGUGCGCCAGUGGCACCCCACCUGCCACUCUGAUCCUGGACACCCGUCCGCCUCCAGCGGCCUGCACGUACCUGAGAGGAGAUCUGGUGGCCUUGCUGCACCAGGACAUGAGAUCAAUGUCCGCUGACUCACCUAUCACUUCUGGAUAUGAAACCUCCAGCCUGUCCUUGCCAGCUCAGCCUGCGUGUCAUCUUCCAGUUGUCAAACUUCCUGUUUGGGAACGUUGCGUGCGGGUGUUGCAAGUCAUGGCUGGAUGCGACCUGGACAAAAACUCCUAUUUCCUUUGGUCUGAGUUCAUCUUUUGCCAGACGCCAACCCCAACCUUUUCCACUGAAAAAUCAAAACAUGCGCAGCCAUUUUGACAUGUUUCAUUUUCAAAACCAAUAC